AUGCCUUCAAUUCAAUUACACCCGACAUCCCUCAAGUCCGCUGAGACAACGACUUCAAACCCAAGCUCCCUCCCAGCUAGCAACCCUCUCCCCCAACUCCUCCAAACCCCCUCGGGCCUGGCAAUCCUCGAGCUGCAAGCUACGAUCAACCUACCCACAUUCGAAAGUGAAGACGAUCAACAUGCGAGCCCUGGCUCCCCUUUGAAUUCCAACGGGACCACCUUCGAGACGCCGGUCGGAAAACUCAUGUUCCCGGACUACUCGCCGUUGAACCCGGAUGAUACCAAGUGGAUGAAGCGGGUGUACCUCUAUGUUGGUCGGUACCAGCGCAUGACGGGUGAGGUGAAGAAGCUGCCAAAGCCACUCGCUGUUCUGCGGAAGCGGUCUUCAUCCGAAAAUACCGAGGAACUGGAGGUUGUGGAGAUUGUUCGCUACAAGGUGUUUUUCAAGAACAGGCCGGAGCCCGUCAACAAUAUCUGA